AACACGCGAUGCAUCGUUGCCGGUGAAGACGGCAAGGAAUGCGGCCGAUUGUACAAGCACGUGACCCGGAACGGCACGCGUCCACUGCUUGACCAUCUGCAGAAGAAGCACGUUCCACAGUGCGACUUGGCGAUGGCAGCGAGCAACAAAUCGACGAAAGCGAAGCAGGCGAAAGGCAAAGUAUACGCUACGGCUGCUGCUGCUCGUGGCCAAUCCUUCUUUCCCGGGCAAAAGAAGACCCCCAUCACCCCUCAGCUGAAGGAGCGCCUGGACCGCCUUUCGGUGAUAUGUUGUGUGCAGAGUGGACGGUCAUAGACUGCCCGCACAGACCCGUGGCACCUACUGAUGCUGGCGGAGUUUGUGCCGGAGUACGCCGCUACGGACACAUCACACCAAGUGUUGAAAAAGAUCUUGUUGGAAAUGUACCAGACGGCGAAGGCUUACCUUGUCGCCCAGCUCAAGGGAGCCUACGAGGAACUGCAGAAGAUCGGCUAUCACGGGCCGUUCUGCUGUCUAUAGCUGGACAUCGAUUGGCACCGACGAGUUCUGCACAGCCUCGGUGUCGGUGAUUCUGUCCAACGACAUGUUGCCGAGGCACCUCAACCUUGCGACCAAGGUGUUCCGAGGCCAGUACACAAAACGACCAUCAAGACGUGGAUCGAACAGUUGACGACUGAUGUUUUCGAGUCGAUCGUUCCAGCGGUGGACCCGUUGGACGUGUACGUUGCGGCCACGGUCGACCAGGGGCU